AUGGCACCAUUAUACUUCUGUCACUUGUGGUUCUCACCUCCACACGCCUAUGUAUUUCUUCCUCUCCAAUCUCUCUUUUAUGGAUCUGUGUUUCACUACUUGCACUGCCCCCAGACAGUGGCCAACUUUAAGGGAAAGGACAAGAGCAUCACCUAUGGGUGGUUGUGUGACCCAGCUCUUCGUUGCCUGGGACUUGGGGGUGUAGAAUGCUGGGUCCUCCUGUCUGUCAUGGCCUAUGACCGCUAUGCCAGCUGUGUGCGCCCACUCCACUACAUGCUGAUCAUGCAUCCUCAGCUUUGCUCGCAGCUGGUGGCAACUGCUUGGCUACCGGGGUUUGGGCAGUUCUAUAUUCCAGCGAUGCUGAAACUGGCCUGCACCAACACCUCCAUCAAUGAGGCUGAGCUCUUUGCUGUCAGUGUCCUCUUCUUGGUGGUGCCCCUGUCACUUAUCUUAGUGUCCUAUGGCCACAUUACCCAUGCAGUCCUGAAGAUAAAGUCAGCCCAGGGGAGGCACAAGGCUUUUGGAACUUGUGGUUCUCACUCAAUGGUAGUGAUGUUUCUCGGGACACUCAUCUCCAUGUACCUCCAGCUUCCCUCCAGUUACUCUCAGGAUGUGAACAAAAGCAUGGCGCUCUUCUAUACUCUGGUGACUCCCCUGCUGAAUCCCCUGAUUUACACUUUGAGAAACAAGAAGUCAAAGGGGCACUAA